GUGACGACAGUUUCCUACGACACCUUCUGUUCAAGCACACUAGCUAGCUUGGCCCUAGACGUGAAAUAAUGACUUCGAAACGAAAGAAGAAUGACAGCGAAAUCUGCGCAAAAGGGAAGAAGAAAGAGAAACGAGAAGAGACGGCAGAGAUUUCUGAAUUAAUCGUGGAUUCAGACAUGAAAGACAAAGUGAAGGAGGCAUGGACUAAGAAACUACAGUACAGUGAUGGAGGUGUGGAGGUGGAUUGCCACCCUUUCCCUCAUGGUGUGCUGAAGAACUUCAUACGGAGCCAGACCUUCAUGGAGAAUCUGCAGACAGAGCUCCUGCGGUUAAACUUUCACGAGAAAUCCAACGACCUGUACAAAUUCAAACAGUCAGAUGACUUGAACAAGAGGAAAGAGCCUCAUAUUACAGGGUUGAGGGCUGUGCUGUAUGAAGAGUUCCGUUUGUGGCUGACUGAGGUACUGCAGGUGGCGCUUGAGCCCACAGUGGACAUUUCCUGCGCCAAGUACGAGUACACAGAUGUGCUGCUCUGUCACGACGACGAGCUGGAGAGCAGGAGGAUCGCCUUCAUCCUGUAUCUGGUGCCUGAGUGGAGUCAGAGCGACGGGGGCACCCUGGACCUGUACAGCACAGACGAGAACUUCCAGCCUCAGGCAGUGGUGAAGUCCUUAGUUCCGUCCUGGAACACGCUGGUGUUCUUCGAGGUGUCGCCUGUCUCCUUCCAUCAGGUGUCGGAAGUGAUUGCGGGGGAUAAGUGUCGCCUGUCUGUGAGCGGCUGGUUUCAUGGCCGUUCUCUGGAGCGACCCCCACGUCACGUGGAGCUGGCAGCUCCUCGAAAUCCACACCUCCCCCGGGAUGAGGAGCUGUUGUUCGAGUGGAUCAACCCUGUGUAUCUGGAUGUGGAAUACCAGACUCAAGUGCAGGAGGAAUUUGAGGAGACGUCUGAGAUCCUUCUGAAAAACUUCCUAAAGGAGGACAAGUUCAAGCAGGUGAACGAGGCCCUGAAGCAGGCGGGGAUCCAGUGGGUCAGGAGAGGUCCUCCCAAUCAGAGGUGUUAUGAGCGGGCGGAGCUUCACAGCCUGCCUCCGUGUGUGAGCACCUGCUGGGAGCUCCUCUCCUCCGAGGCCUAUUUCCUGCUGCUCUCCAACUUCACUGGCCUCACGCUGCACUUCCUGGCGUCCGGCAGCGAGGAGGAGGAGGAAGGAGAGGGUGAGGAAGAAGACGAUGGAGGGGAUAAUGAUGAGGAGGGGACAGCAGGCUCCUCUGGGGCCCCUCAGACAGGAGCAGCAGCCCCACAGCAGGAGAAGAAGGGAAAGAAGGAAAAGGUGAAAGAGCCCAGCACCCCGGUGUGCCGCGGUGAACUACGGCGCUGGAGGCAUGGGGACUACACCCUGGUCCACGACACGGACCUGCACAAUACUGAGUUUGCCCUGGACCUGCUGCUGUACUGCGGCUGUGAAGGCUGGAAGGAAGAGUUUGGCGGCUUUACUUCCUAUAUCGCCAAUGGAGAGGAUGAGGAGCUCCUGACGGUGUACCCUGAAAACAACUCUCUAGGAUUGGUUUACAGAGACAAAGACACACUGAAGUUCGUCAAGCACGUCAAUCACAGGAGCUCCACCCCGCGAGGGCCUCGCCCACUUGGGAGUGCCUUCUACGACUUCUCCUUUGUGUAUUAUGAGUGAGGAGGAGACCCCCGAAGACCAGGCCUGGCAUAGUCACAUGGGGUCUUACAGCUAUGGGGUGUGUGUGUGUGUGUACACACGUGUACAUGGGGCAUCUACCAUCAGAAUUUCAAAAGCACAUCUGAUUUUUUUUAAAUAACACUGACAAAAAAAUGGUGGUUACAAUCCAAAAAACACUCGUAAGGCAGCAUCACUUGAUGGAGAUCUUUUUUCAAUACUUUUUUUUUAUUAUUUGUUAAGCCAUACAUUGACAUGCGCAGUGACUGGACUCAGAGCAGUUGUGUUGUCCAGGUGUUUGUCCAUGUAGAAUGCAGCAUUGUCAUGGUGACCCACAGCCCAUUGGUCAGCGACCCCAGAGUUCCACCCAGAGACAAUGGUCUCCCAUAGCAACGGAACAAAGAGCCGCCCGAGGCACACACAGGUCAGAUAUAUAUGGAUAUUGUAACAGCUCUUUGAAGGAUUGGUCGUUUCAGCAUAAAAUAAGAAUGCAGUACACCGUAGUCAGCAACUCUUAACAAGCUUGUUUCUUUGCGUUUUCAUACAUUCAUUUAUUACCAGUGCAAAUCAUCACGUGAAAGGAAACACAGCUGUUGAACUAAAAUUAAAAUCCCAUAAAGCUGUAAGCAACAUUCUCAUCCCAAACCAGGAAAAAAUAAAACAACUGUCUGUAAAUCAAAGCUACAGUGAUGGGUACUAAAUGGUGAUAAAGGCUAAUUCUAACGCCAUGCGCAUUCCUAGUGCAAUUUCAUUUUUAUCCAUGUGCAUUUUUUCCUUGCCUUCGUUAAAGGCUGGUGCGACGUCCCAUGAUGCAUUGUGUCCAUUUUACAGUCAGUUUCCCUACAUUCCAAUGGUCAUUGUGGUAUUGCAUCGGUGUGAAAUCUCACAGUAUUGCACAGUCUUUGCCAGAGGAAGACAUGAAUGAAGAGAUCUUCAGGCGACAGCCGUAACAGGAAACGGUUGCGUUUCAGGACGGGUCGGGCUCCUGGUCUCAUCAGCCCGAUCCUGCUGAGGUUCUGGUGGUGUUUGUGGCUCAAACGCACCCCCUCGCCACAGUGUACAAUACGAAUGCUCUAAACCACCAGGGCUCCUUGCACUACAGUGGUCACAACUCCAGCUCUCUCAGCUUCUUCAAGACUUUGCACCAAAGUAUAUAUACAAUACAAAAAUUGCCUCAUUUUUCUCUUUUUAAUAUACGUUUGGAAAGCACUGCGCAAGUAGAACAGUUGUAGGAUAGCUGUGUCAUAAUUUAUUCCAGUCGUGUAGACGCUUUGGUGCAAAGUCGGAAGUACAGGUGUAAUUUGCUGUAACUGUCUCAUUGCCAGUGUGUCUCAGCCUGACGGCGGCUUCGGUUCAGUGCAUUCCCUCUGGAAGAAAGAACUCUACAGGUGACAGAACUGCAAUAGGCCCCAGCACGCUGCACCCCCAGCUUUACCCCUCCACCCGGUCUGGGGAUGGAUUUCAAAGCUCCCGUCUCCUCCAGGAAGAGUGGUGAGAAAUGUGGAAACCUCAGUAUGCUUCUCUUCUCUGUCAGACAGACUGUGACUCACUGUCUGAAGUCAGCCCC